AUGAAGGGUAAUCAGAAAGCGCGCUUGGAUAGACUCUUAAUCAAUGAAGCUUGGAGAGUCAGGUUCCCGCUUGCUUCUGUCUUCCAUUUGCACCCUCUUAAAUCUGACCAUGCUCCCUUACUAGUUAAAAUGGAGGAGAAAGCUAGUCCUAACCCCCACAGAAGACCUUUUCAUUUUCAAGCGGAUUCGAGAGUUUCGUUAGAGACAACUGGCCCCUUACUGAACCUUGGGACAGGAAAAUUUCGCGUUUUUGCAAUUCUCUUAAAGACUAAAUCCCGCUUCAAAUGGUUAAACUUUGGUGAUCGUAAUACCCGAUUCUUUCAUUGUUCCACUAUCAUUCGGAGAAGGAAGAAUCAUAUUCUUAGUCUUCAAGACAGUUGUGGUACUUGGAUUCACGACAGGGACAAGUUGGAGGAUAUGGUGACUAUUUUUUAUAAGAACUUAUUCAAGCUGGAUGACGGCUAUCGUCCCUUUUCCAUCAUGCAACGCUUCCCUAAACUAGAUAGUUUAAAAUUACAGCAGCUCUCUAAAUAUCCUUCCUAUGACGAGAUCAAGAAGACUCUCUUUAGCAUGCCCAAUUUUAGAGCUCCAGGGGAGGAUGGCCUGCAUGCAGUUUUUUACAAGCAUCAAUGGGAAGUGGUGGGAUCUUCUCACUGCCAAUUGAUCCAAACGUGCUUCAGGGACCCGAGCAAAAUUCAAUCCAUCAAUAAUACGUUGAUUAGUCUUAUUCCCAAAAUUGAACCCUCCACUAAACUGACACACUUUCGCUCAAUAAGCCUUUGUAAUGUUUCUUACAAAGUGCUGACUAAGGUUCUGGCUCAACGUUUUAAGGUGGUGAUGCAAGACUUAAUCAGCCCGAUUCAAUGCAGUUUUGUCCCCAACCACCACAGUAGGGAUAAUAUUAUAAUCAUGCAAGAAGUUAUACAUUCUAUGAAGACCAAGAGGGGUAAGGUGGGAUGGAUGGCCAUCAAAAUAGACCUUGAGAAAGCCUAUGACCGUUUAUACCGGGAAUUUGUUAUUGAUACCCUUAAUGACAUUGGUUGCCCAUGCAAUCUAAUUGAUAUUCUACAAGGAUGUAUCACUUCUUCUUCUAUGCAGGUUCUUUGGAAUGGAGAGGCCCUUGAAGCUUUCCAACCAUCUAGAGGUCUCAGGCAGGGAGAUCCCAUCUCCCCAUACUUAUUUUUCAUGUGUGUGGAAAGAUUAUUGCACCUCAUAGAAGAUAAGUUGAGAUCGAAGGUCUGGAAGCCAAUCCGUAUUUCCAAAGAUGGGCCUUCCUUGUCCCACCUAGCUUUUACUGCUGAUUUGGUUUUACUGGCAGAAGCUAACAUGGAACAAGUGCACCUCAUCAAUGACUGUCUCAACCCCCACCUAGCUUUUGCUGCUGAUUUGGUUUUACUGGCAGAAGCUAACAUGGAACAAGUGCACCUCAUCAAUGACUGUCUAAACACUUUUUGUACUAUUUCUGGUCAACGUGUUAGCAAGGACAAGACACGUGUUUUCUUUUCAAAAAAUUUCCCUAUGCAGUCUCAACUAGAACUCAGUCACGGGCUCGGUUUUGAAUCCACCUCUAAUUUGGGCAAGUACUUGGGUGUUAACCUCCUUCAUUCCAGGGUCAGCAAGGCUACUUUUGCAAGUGUUAUUGACAGAGUGGAAAAUAGAUUAAGCUCUUGGAAAGCCCGUACCCUCUCCCUAGCUGGUAGAUUGACACUUACACAAUCUGUUCUAGUGAUUUCUUUGGGUGGGAAUUAUGAUCAUAGGGGAGUCCACAUGGUUGCAUGGGAUAAGUUGUGUACCUCUAAGAAAGUAGGGGGUUUAGGUUUCAGACCCACUAGAAUCCUUAAUGAGGCUUUCAUGCUCAAGUUGGCUUGGGAAAUCUAUAUGAAGCAAUCUGAUCUAUGGGUUCAAGUGCUUAGAUCCAAAUAUAAAUGUGGACCUAAUCUAGUCCCAAUCAUGUCUUAUAAUCGAGAAUCCUCGAACUGUUGGAGAGGAAUCUCGCAUUCUUGGAAUUUCUUUACCGACAACGUUGUUUGGAAGCUUGGUAAAGGAAAUCUUAUUUGCUUUUGGAAGGAUAAUUGGAUCCCAACGGUGGGACCUCUCCGUCAUAAGGUUAUUUCUUCCCUCUCGGAACAACAAUUAAACUGGAAGGUUCGUGACAUGGUUACAGAGAAUGGGCAUUGGAACUAUAUUGGCUUACUAUCUGUGCUCCCACUUAACAUUUGUAAUAUCAUUUCCACAAUCUCGCCUCCCAACAUGUCUUGCAAACCUGAUUGUCUCCUUUGGAAACCUUCACAUGAUGGUAUUUUUUCUGUCAAAUCAGCCAUUUCCUCUCUAAGUGCCCAUAACCUCACUCCCCCUCAACACCCUCAAGUCUUUAAGCUCAUAUGGAAGUGGCCAGGACUGCAACGAAUCAGAUUGCUCUUGUGGAGGAUUUUGCAUAAUGCUCUUCUAACAAAUGAGAAUCGUAGUAGGAGACGCAUGGCACAAUGUAAUUUAUGUCCUGUUUGUCAAUCUCAACCUGAGACGACGUUCCAUGUGUUGAGGGAUUGCCCUCCCACUGAACUCCUUUGGCGAAAACUCUUAUUCCAAUCUCAUGAGACUUUCUUUGGUGACAUGGAUAUUCAACUUUGGAUCCUUCAUAAUUUUGAUGGUUACUCUAUUAAGAGAGGGAGUUGGAACAUUGAUUUCAGUGUUAUGGUGGACCUUAUUUGGAGACGCAGGAAUGAAUUAGUCUUCUUAGAAAAAUGGGAGUUGAACUCCAUCAUUUUGACGAAUAAGAGUAGAUAUGUUGAGGAUAUUGGCCAUGCUAAAAGAGACCUUACGGGCAUUUCAAGGUUUCAAUGUAGGGAGAUACUUACAGUCCCAUCUCAAUGGUCUCCUUGGGUUCGUGUUUAUUGCGAUGGAGCACAUUCACACCGAACCAAUAAGACUGCUUGUGGAGGCUUGCUUAUUAAUCAUUCAGGCAUGUAUGCAGGGGGGUUUGCUCGUUCUCUAGAGGCCAAUUCUGUUGUUCAGUCAGAACUUUGGGGCAUAUUUCAUGGGUUAAGAUUAGCUUUAGUUAAAGGAUUUACUCACAUUUAUAUCAUAUCAGACUCUUCCUAG